UCAUUACUCUCUUCCCACAGGUACAGAGAGAAGAGAGAAAGAGAGGAGAAAUGGGAUCCUUAUCGGCAGCCACAGUCUUACCGUUCCAUCUCCGUCGCCAAAACAAGCAGCGAUCAGGAGGUCUCUACGACCGUCGCCAUGAGAAUCUACCCGUCGGCGUUUCGUCUUCACAGAAGAGAUGGCUCCUCUACGUCCCGGAGACGAAGCUGAAACGAGAGACUCUGAGGAGGCUCGGUUUCGUGGCAAGAGCUGCUGACUCCACGAGCUCCUCUCCUUCCGUGGUGUCUUCCGCUGAUAAAACUUUGAUCCCUGACGAUGAAUUCACUCUAGCCAAGAUUUCAUUUGGUGUUAUUGGGCUAGGUCUCGGUGUCUCGCUCCUCUCUUACGGUUUCGGGGCAUACUUUAACAUCCUUCCUGGAUCUGAGUGGUCUGCUAUUAUGCUCACUUAUGGAUUUCCACUUGCUAUUAUCGGUAUGGCUCUCAAGUACGCAGAACUCAAGCCAGUUCCUUGCUUGAGUUAUGCAGAUGCGGUGAAGCUUAGGGAGACCUCUGCUACUCCUAUUUUAACCCAGGUUAGAAAUGAUGUGACGAGAUACCGUUAUGGAGAUGAACAACAUUUGGAAGAAGCACUAAAACGGAUCUUUCAGUAUGGAUUGGGCGGAGGAAUACCAAGACGUAGUGCACCUAUCUUAACGAUGAUAAAGGAAGAGGUCAUGACCGAUGGUCGUUACUGCCUGGUCCUUGUAUUCGAGGCCAAAGCUCUCGAGUUGUCAGAUUUCGAAAAAAGACAGGCGAAAUUUACUUCCUUCUUUGGACCAAACAUCACUGCAGAAGUCGGUAAAGGAGAAAGUGACGAUCUCUAUGAAGUAAGACUGAUUUCUAACGUCUCUGCAUCUUCAACGACCUCUUGAAUAUGAACAAAGCAUAUACGAUCACUUUCCUCUUGUAUAUCAACUUUGUAUAAUCAUCAUCAUAUGUAUAAAAAGUUCAGAUAUCUCUUUU